GUCAGAUUUUUAAAACGUACCGCCAUCUUCUGUAUGUAUUAACUGAAGCGCUCGGAGAGGAGGAGGUUGUUUGUUUACUUCUUUCACGCGUGGUUUUCUUAUUAGACUAGUUGUUAACAAACCGGCGGUGUCGAGAUAAACAGGCUACAAUUUCCAGUAUGGAUUCUCGCUUUUCACAUCUUUACAAGCGAGACAGCAGUGUCUCCAUGAUAAGGGUGAAAAUGUCCAGGCGACGCUCCCAAACACAAAAGGAGAACAGGGAAAAGAUGCAAAACCUUCGCAGACACCUGGACCAACUUCCUGAGCUGGAGCUCUCUUUGGAUGUCUCCAACCUUGAGAAGUCUAUUCUUCCUUCCCAAGACACGGGAUGCAAAGCUAAAGCUGAUAAACAUAACAGUGCUGUAGAUGAGAGGAGGAAGAUGCUGGCACGUUUUAAAGAGAAUAAAGCACUGCAGAAGGAGAAAGAAAAGCGAGAAAAGGAGAAGAAAGGCAUCUUCAAGGUCGGCCUGUACCGCCCACAGCCCCUGGGUUACUUACCCUUGAAUUCUGUAAUACCAAGUGCAAAAAAGAUUACAGAAGCUGUGCCUUCUACCAGAGUGACCCGUUCUAUGAAGCAGCAUCUACAGGCAAAGCCAGUUGAAAAACAGCCUGCACCGAAGAAGGCUGAGCCACCCAGCACCCGAGCUAACAAGUCAUCGGCACCAGGAAAUGCCAGGGGCAGAAUUGCUCCAGUUGAACCAGUGGUCAGAGCGCCAACUACUCGAUCGGCUGCUAAAAAUGUGACAGCAGCUGUAACGAACAAAUCUGUAGCCAAGCCUGCUGCAGAUCUCAGACCUCUGAAGAUGAACUCUACUAACAGAAAACCUGCGGCUCCCUUUUUAGCGAGAGGAAAAACUGUGCAGGCAGGACAUACUGAGUCUAUGGCAGCAGAAAAGAGGAAAACUAAGGUUGCUGAUGAGGUGGUGGCUGCUUUGAAUCCCUCCCCUCCUAAAGAGGAAAAGAUAGCGGAAAAAGCUAAAGUAACUCCAGAUUCAUUUGCUCCCCAAGGAUUUGUGUUCCAGCCUCCAUCUGGUCUGAGAACCUUUGAGCCUACACCCCUUUCUCCUCGCUCUGCUGAUGCUUUCCUGUCACCCAGCUUCUUAGAUGAACCCAGGACAGUGUUUACAAGCUCAAUUCCUCCAACUAACCCUUCUUCUGCUCCUCUGCUUUCUUCACCUCCACCCUGCAUGUCUGAAACGUCCCCUGCUUCCAACUCUGCUCUUCCUACUUUACUACCUGCCUCAGGUGUCUCUCUUCCUGCUCCUUAUUCUCAAUCACCUCAUACCUCUCCUUCCACUCCUCCAUCUAUUUCUCUUCCACCUUCUUCUACACCAUCAGAGCCUCAGCAUGAUGUGUCCUAUUUCAGGGCAGUAAUAACUAGAGAGACAGACAGGUUGACUGGAUUAUCUGAAUUGUGGCAAGUGCGAUUUGAUGAUUUAUCCAUCCCAGAAGAGAUGCGGGAUCGAAUGCGCACAGCUGUUGGCCAAGCCAGACUGCUGAUGAAAGAGCGAUUUGGCCAGUUCAGUGGCCUGGUGGAUGACUGUGAUUUUGGCCGAGGGGAGAAGAUCACGACCUGCACAGAUUUGCAGGGGUUUUGGGACAUGGUGUACUUUCAGGUGGAAGAUGUUGAUAAAAAGUUUAAUGCAUUAAAAGAAGCCGAAGCCAGGGGUUGGGAAGAGGAGAAGCCUGUCACCAGGCAGAAAAAAGUGGUCAAGAAGCCCCCUGCUGCAGGAGGUAAGGCUGGAGCAGGUCAGGGUGCCAGCACAGCUGCAAAGAGUCGCUUGGCUGCAGUGAAAGCUGCCAUGAAGGCCAAACAGGCUGAAGUAGCUAAAGCAGCUGAGACUUCAGACAGAGCUCAAGAUGGCACUACUCCUGCAUCAGAUGCUGUGGCUAACAAUCUAACAGCCCAGACAGUGGUUUUUCACGGAGGCUUCUUCCAGGUGGAGAGUCCGGUCAAAGUAAUCGGUGCUGUAAGAAGAUCAUCUCGGUUGAGUGUGGCUUCCUUUACCCAGUGUUUACCCAGCGUGUCUAAAUUUAGCACCCCCGGCAGGCAUCAGAGACCCGCUGAAUUCCCAUCUCCUCUUCCAUGCAUUUUCACGCCGUCUAAAAGUGUACCUCCUGCUGGAUCUUCCCCUUUCUCUCCUGCUGUGGAAGCCUGCACCACUGUAUCUUCUGUCUCUACUCCUAAACAAGCUGAUCCUCUUUCCUGUUCCCCUAAACCUCCUAACAUCAGUCCUGAGCAGCACAGGUCAGCCCCCCAUGCUUCGUCUAACGGAGUCUCCGGCACACAACUCGGCCAGCCUGAUCAUAAAAAUAUCCAGCUAGAUCUCAUGAUUACACCAAUAGAUGAUCAAAUAUACCAGUCAGCAGAGAUGAAGCCACACAAUUCUCCUGGCCAGUCAAAAAAACUGCCACUUCAACUUCCUUCAGAUACAGACAGCAGUAUGGAACCUGAGGAAAGCACUCAAGAGUCAGCCAUAACUGCAUUGCCCCAGGAGCAAACUGAAGAGACUGUAUUUACGGAAGGGGACAUGUUCUACUCAGACACUCAGGCUCAUGAGAUCUGUGUGUCAGCCCCUUCUUCACCCUGUAUGAUGUCCACCACACCACAGCAAGCCAAUGUCCUCAAUCCAGCUCCAUCAGAUAAAACUGAAAUGUGUAUCGGUGAAAGCUCUCCUAUCAGUGAAGACCUUAACGUCGCUGAAAAUCAAGACAGUGAGAGUAAUGCUGGUUUGGACUUUGAGCGAUACCUGCAACCUGCAGCCCGAUGCAGCUUGUCUCCUGUGCAGACCAUGGCAGUGGACAGGUUCUCACUAGGUUUAGAAGAUGCAGAAAUGGAAAGCCCUCAGGCCCAGGCAGAGGAGCCUGUUCAGGAUGCACCGAUAACUCCAACAGCUUUUCCCAGAAUGGCACCACUGGUGGUCACUCCCUGGACUGAAGAGAUGAUUGCCGACCAGCUGCUGUUCACCCCCGAGCGGAGGGAGAGAGUGAGACCAUCAGUGUGUGAGCGUGACCUCAUGAUGUUUACGCCACCUGCAGAUAUUUAAUUUAACCAGACGUGUAGAAAAUGUGUAUGGGCCUUAUAUACCUUUUAUAGCAAGAGUGAUAAACCUCUCAAUUUGUACAAUUUUGAUAAAUUAAAACACGUUUUUUGAAGA